AUGAUGAUGUUGGUCUUUCAGGUUUUUUUUGCUCUGGCCAUGGCAGCUAUAGGAAUUUCACAAUCGAACUCUUUUGCACGAGAUUCAAGCAAAGCCAAGGGUGCAGCCACUUCUAUAUUUGCCAUUCUAGACCGAAAGUCAAAGAUAGACCCAAGUGAUGAGUCUGGGAUGACACUAGAGCAUGUGAAGGGAGAUAUUGAACUACAACAUAUAAGCUUUAGAUAUCCCACUAGGCCAGAUGUUCAGAUUUUUCGAGACCUCAACUUGACCAUCCAUAAUGGCAAGGUGAAGUUUAUAUAA